AUGCCAUCUGCUGUGCGCGCCAUGGGUUCCGCCGCCGUCACUGGGCGCUCGGGCGUCGUCAAGUUCACCAAUUGUCUGCUGGUCAAGGGCGCCGACCUUGUCCAAGAAGACCUAUGGGUCAGUUCGGUGACUGGGAAGAUCUUGAAUGGCCAAGAGAUAUUGUAUGGGCACCUUACCGCCCCGGACGACAUCAUCGAUCUUGGUGGGCGCAUCCUGUCGCCGGGUCUCAUCGAUGUACAACUAAACGGAGCCUACGGCUUCGACUUCUCAGUCAUCCCAGAGGAUGGUUCCAUAGCCUACGGUAAGGGGGUGCAGCAGGUGAACCGAAACCUCAUCCGAGGAGGUGUAACAUCCUACCUUCCGACGCUGACCUCUCAACGGACAGAGGUCUAUCACCAGGCCCUCCCCUACCUUGGCCCCUCGGGAUCAACUCGAGACCCGAUCCUUGGCUCUGAAUCCCUCGGCGCUCAUUGCGAAGGUCCUUUCAUGUCACCAACCAAGAACGGCAUCCACAACGCAUCCGUCUUGCAGAUCCCCCAGGACGGCAUCGCCUCUCUGGCCAUUUGUUAUGGCCCCUCCAAUCUCACGCAAGCAACACCAAUCAAGCUUGUUACGAUUGCACCCGAGCUCCCCGGCGCUCUCUCUGCCAUCCAGUCACUCGCCUCCCUAGGCAUUGUCGCCUCGAUUGGGCACUCAGAAGCCACCUAUGAAGAAGCGAAACUUGGUAUCAAAGCCGGCGCAAGAUCAAUCACACAUCUCUUCAAUGCAAUGAAGCCCUUGCAUCACCGCAACCCAGGCAUUUUUGGGCUCCUAGGUACAGCCUCAUCCUCGAUCUCCAAGCCUUACUUUGGUAUUAUAGCAGACGGCAUCCACAUUCAUCCGACCUCGAUCAAGAUCGCGUACAACGCACACCCCGAGGGAUUGAUUCUUGUCACAGACGCCAUGCGCCUGGCUGGUAUGCCUGAUGGCGUGUAUGACUGGACCAACGGGUCGCGCAUCGUAAAGGACGGUGCGCUCCUCACGCUCGAGGAGAACGGCAAGAUUGCUGGGAGCAGCAUCGAACUGAUUGACUGCGUGACCAAUUUCAUGAAUUGGACAGGGGCAAGUGUUCCUAUGGCGCUGAAAGCGGUGACAGAGACACCGGCGAGGAUGUUGGGCUUAGAGGGCGUGAAAGGAUCGCUGCAGGAGGGCACGGAUGCUGACCUGGUGGUGUUAGACGUACUGGAGGGCGCGGUGGGGGACGAUAAGCGGGUGGUGGUAGAUCAAGUCUGGAAGUUUGGAGUUAAGGUUCACGACAGGUAG